GACUGCGUUUCAUUGACCUUGACUUUCACAGUGGAAGGAACUUCCAUUUUGGAAGUCAGUGUUUCAGUUUCAGCACAAUAACAAGUUUUCCUUCCUUUUCCAUCAUUCCUCAAGUGAAGGAGACCCAACUCAUGGAUGCGAGUUUUAUACCUCUACUCAUCGCCUGUUUUCUUCUGGCCUCGUCCUUCACCAUUGUUCACUCUCUCUCCAAACCACCUCUUCUUGGAGUUCACCCACUCGAUGAGCAGUACUUUGUUUCAGAGGUGAUCAAGUGCAAGGACAACUCCAAGUCCUUCACCAGAGAUCGCCUCAAUGACAAUUUCUGUGAUUGUGUUGACGGAACCGACGAGCCUGGAACUUCCGCUUGUCCUGCAGGCAAAUUUUAUUGUAGAAAUAUAGGAAGUACACCACAAUUCCUAUUUUCAUCUCGAGUUAACGACCAUUUUUGUGAUUGCUGUGAUGGAAGCGAUGAGUAUGAUGGUAAUGUCAAUUGUCCAAACACAUGCAUAAUGGGCGGGAAUAUUGAGUACAAAACUGACCAUCACUUCUCAAGAGUUGGGGGUCUAGUUGGGGAUCUAGGGCAUGUCGGUGCAAAACAAGCCAAAAGUGGAGUUAGUUUGGAUGACUUGAUUCAGAAGCUUAAAGGUUUGAAGAUAUUAAUAAUCAUACAAGUAGUUAUUACUAUUAUUGUCGUGGUUUUCCGGAUACUCCGUCGUCGUGCCAGAUCUAAAAGAAGGCGUUACCACAAAGUUUUAUACUAGCUUGAUGGCUGAUUUUCUCAUGGGUUCCUCCAAGUAUGUCUAAGGAUUUCAAUACAUGAAGUUGACUUGCCUAGGAGGGUUUAUUGUUCCUUAAAAGAGCCUCAGAUUUACAAAGUUUUGGGAAGCUUCACACUGAUCCAAAAGUUCUAUAGCAAGAGUUUACAACUGUGCAUGUACUUUUUCAUCCGGCAAAUGCACACUAAUGGACAUGAAGCUUAACACACAGUAUACAAGAUGCCGUAGGGGUUCCGGUCAUCGAUGAUCCACUUGGCAUAAAUAAAAGUAUGCUCGAGGUCGUAUCAGAGCCUGUAAAAUAGAAAUAUUCCUAAUUCAAAAUCUAUUCUUAGGGGCAACUCUUCUUGUUUGCCUUAAACCUUGAAAGAUGUUCUAUUUAGGCAACGAAUGAUUUACACAUAAUGCUCUGUGGAUAAAGAUAUGGAAAGUUUUGUAA